GGCAGCUUUCAUAUCUCAUAGCAUCACUGUAUAGACUGGAGGCCACUCUGCUUCUAGGACAGGACUUUCUAUUGCUUCCACACAGCCUUCAAAAAUGGAAUCAGAAGGCUUCAGCGCUACUACUGAACAAUACGACUACUAUGAUUACGCAAAUGAGACUGGACUUCAACCAUGUGAUGAAACAGACUGGGAUUUCUCCUAUUCUCUGCUACCUGUCUUUUACAUGAUCGUGUUUGUCCUUGGACUCUCAGGGAAUGGAGUGGUCAUCUUUACAGUAUGGAAGGCCAAGCCAAAGAGGAGAUCUGCAGACACCUACAUAGGCAAUCUAGCACUGGCUGACCUGGCCUUUGUGGUAACGCUACCUCUGUGGGCCACAUACACUGCUCUAGGCUUUCACUGGCCUUUUGGCUCUGCACUGUGCAAGCUCAGCAGCUAUCUGGUCUUGCUUAAUAUGUUCGCCAGUGUUUUUUGCCUGACCUGCCUCAGCUUUGAUCGGUACCUGGCCAUUGUUCAUUCACUUUCCAGUGCUAAACUUCGCUCCCGCUCCUCCAUCCUUGUAUCCUUGGCUGUUAUCUGGCUCUUCUCAGGGCUUUUGGCACUCCCAAGUCUGAUUCUACGUGACACACGUGUAGAAGGCAAUAACACCAUCUGUGACCUGGACUUCAGCGGUGUUUCAAGUAAGGAGAAUGAAAAUUUCUGGAUCGGGGGGCUAAGCAUACUUACCACAGUUCCGGGUUUCCUGCUGCCCCUGCUCCUUAUGACCAUCUUUUACUGCUUCAUCGGGGGCAAAGUGACCAUGCAUUUCCAAAACCUAAAGAAGGAGGACCAGAAGAAAAAGAGGCUUCUUAAGAUCAUUAUUACACUGGUUGUGGUGUUUGCUAUCUGCUGGCUGCCUUUCCAUAUUCUGAAAACCAUUCACUUUCUAGACCUCAUGGGCUUCCUGGAACUUUCUUGCUCUGCACAGAACAUCAUUGUCAGCCUGCACCCCUAUGCCACCUGCUUGGCAUACGUUAAUAGCUGCUUAAACCCUUUCCUUUAUGCCUUCUUUGACUUGCGAUUCCGCUCUCAAUGUUUUUUUUUUUUUGGAUUUAAGAAAGUCCUCCAAGGGCACCUCAGCAACACAUCUUCCAGUUUAAGUGCACAGACUCAAAAAUCCGAAAUUCACUCACUAGCCACAAAGGUCUGAUUGGGCAAAGGGACAUUUCAUUGGGUGUGGGGCAGAGACUUUGUUCUAAAGACUUUUAGGGUUGAUUGAACGUUAUCUCUUGUUGCUGCAAAGGGAAGCUGAUUACAGAACAGGGACUUACACAGUCUACUGGAUCAUAUCACUGGAGUCUGUAAAAUGCCCCCACUUAGUGGAUGUCUGGCUUUUCCUGAGUAACAGACACACCUUAGUGAAAAGACAUUCUUGCUCGGUCCCUCCAGAAAACAGGAGAGCUGGUCGGACAGGGUGGGAGAUGCAGUUUACUGAUGCAAGAGGGAGAACUGGGUAUCACAUGGGUUAACACAUGCUGUAUAUUGCUGGAUUUCUUCUUUGCAUUUGAGAACUAUAUGUGCUUUCCUGUAUAUAUUUUGCUUGUUAAAGCACUUGUAUGAUACACUUUUAACACAUUGUUUAAAGGUAAUUUUGGAAUGUAAUGUAAUUGCAAUGCUAUUUAACCAAUUCACUUCUGUGAGAAAGUCCCACAAUUUGAGGUGAACUGGUUAAAAAGCAGGUAAAAUUAACAACUGUCUUGAACCCUUAGUUAAUAAAAAAGCAAAGAAUCCCUUUGUAGGGUUAAACUAUAGGCCCCUAUGGCAGUUGUUCUGAACUACCACUUAAAGUGUACCCAAACAGCCAGUAUCUGGCUGAGGAUGCUGGGAAUUGUAGUUUGCAUUAUCCUCCAGAGUAUGCAGGUUUACCACCAAAACUCUAAUUUGAUUAAAACAUGUAGAGAUGGUAAAAGAGGGAACUACUAGACACAAAAAAACUGCAAACUAUUACCAAAGAUAAAGGACUACUGAAUGCUGUUAUUCUGUGACUGGUGUAAGUCAAUUGCUUCUUAUCCUUAUGUACUGUGCCUCAGUAUAUGUAUGUGUGUUUAUGUAUAUACUUAUAGCAUAUAUAUAUGUGUAAAGUAUUCCCUCAGAGAGGGGGAGCCUUAACAGAUCAUUGAUAAAACUGUUUUGUUUGAUGCAAUAAAAAUCUUGGACUUU